GUAAGCGCGGCAGCUGCGCAGUAGCGGGAGGAGAAGGGCAGCCCGGAGGCGGCCAUGGGGAAGCGGGUGGCCCUGGUCCUGGCCGGCUGCGGCGUCUUCGACGGCAGCGAAGUGCACGAGGCCUCGGCCGCGCUGGUGCAGCUCAGCCGCGCCGGAGCAGAGGUGAAGAUAUUUGCACCCAAUAUCGAGCAGAUGCAUGUCGUCGACCAUUUAAAAGGCAGCCCAAGUGAUGAAAAGAGAAAUGUGCUGGUGGAAAGUGCCCGACUUGCGAGGGGCAAUAUCCAGGAUUUGGCAGAGCUGAAAGUGGGUGAAUUUGACGCAGUCAUUUUCCCCGGAGGUUUUGGGGUAGCUAAGAACCUGUGCUCCUGGGCUGUGGAUGGGAAGGACUGCACUGUCAAUCAACUUGUAAAGUCCACCCUUGAGGCGUUCCACAGUGCAAAGAAACCCAUUGGCUUGUGCUGUAUCUCCCCUGUGUUGGCAGCUAAAGUCUUCCCAGGAUGUGAAGUCACUGUAGGCCAUGAUAAAAAUGUAGAUGGAAGAUUUCCAGACUUUGAUACAGCUUCUGCUAUAGAAGCACUUGGGUGUAAGCAUGUUUGCACAGAGGUGAAUGAAGCCCACGUCGACUCUGCCAAUAAAAUAGUCACUACUUGUGCCUUCAUGUGCAAAGCCCCUUUGCACGAAAUCUUUGAUGGAAUUGGAGCAAUGGUUGGUGAAGUCAUGAAACUUGCCUGAGGUGGGAAACUGUGCUCACCUGCAUGCUUCAUGUCUGUUGGUAAAUGCACUAUGAACGUGGCUCAGUGAUUUGAUGAAAUGAAUAAAACUAUUUACCUGAGUUAAAAAAGA